AUGCCACCCCGCCGCCCAUUCAACGGUCACGAUCGCCGCUUGGUCGUUGCGUUCGACCUCGGCACCACAUAUAGUGGAGCGUCCUAUGCCUUUCUCGACCCCGGCAAGGUUCCGCACGUGCAGACUGUGUACAGAUACCCUGGUUUGGAAUCGAAGGACGCGGUCAUUCCAACUAUCAUCUACUACGAUCAGAAAGGCCGCGUGUUGUCUAUUGGCGUUGAACCCGAACCGUGUGAUGACUUGGAGGAGGAGGAUAUCUUGAAGGUCGAAUGGUUCAAACUCUUGCUUCGCGAUAAAGGCUCCUCAACUGCGCCGGGAAUUCCCUCCCCAAAGCUCCCAGCUUCCAAGACCCUCGUGGACGUCUACGCUGACUACUACGCGUACCUUUACCAAUGCACGAAGACGUAUAUCAGGGAGACGCAGGUCGGCAACAUGAGCAAACUUCUCUUGGAUUCGCUCGAGGAUAGGAUUGACUUCGUCCUCAGCCACCCGAAUGGCUGGGGUGGCGCUCAGCAAGAGGCGAUGAGGUCCGCGAUUGUCAGCGCUGGUAUCGUUACCGAAGAGGAAGCACGCGAGCGCGUGACCUUUGUGACCGAGGGCGAGGCCAGCCUUCACUUUUGUGUUUCCCAUGAGACGUACGCAGACCGGUUCAAGGCUGGCGACAGUCUGCUGAUCAUCGACGCUGGCGGCGGCACUGUGGACUUCAGCAGUUACUCCAUUACGUCUAUAUCACCUACCAAGAUUUCCGAGAUUGCUGCUUCCGAUUGCAUCUUUGAAGGCGCGGUCAUCGUCCGGCAACGCGCCGAGAACUAUUUCCGUGAUAAACUUCGUGAAUCCAGGUUCGGCGAAGAGUCCUACGUCCAGUGUAUGGCGAAUGAGUUCGAUAAAAUCGCAAAGAAGAGGUUCCGGCAGGGCACGCGGCACUCGGGCGUCAAAUUUAGCUCUCGCAGUUUGGACACGGAUUCCAAGGUCGGUAUUCGCAAUGGAAGCUUAAUGCUGACAGAGCAAGAGAUGUUUAGCUUCUUCGAUCCCGGUUUGGACGCCAUUAUCGACGCCAUUGAGAGCCAGAGGAUUGCGGCUGUUUCUCAGGCUACCAUCAUGACUUGUUUCUUGGUAGGAGGCUAUGCAGGGAGCGAAUAUCUAUUCCACCGACUCGAUGCUCACUUGAAGAAGCUAGGCGUGCAGCUGUGCCGACCUGCGACGCCAUCCAAUAAGGCCGUUGCAGAGGGUGCAGUCGACUUCUUCGUAGACCACUUUGUCUCCACCCGAGUUGCGCGCUACACCUAUGGCACAGGAACCUCGUCCGCCUCCUGGUCGUUCCCUGAUCCUGCCGCAUACGAGGGCCGUUCGACGUAUAUCGGUGACGAUGGUGAAGUCUGGGUUCGCGGCACUUUUUUGCCAAUCCUGUUCAAGGACGAGCAAGUCUCCGAGGUCGAGGAGUUCCGGGAGUCGUUCUCCAUGUUUCGUUCUCGGGACUCGUGGGAAAAGGAUGACUGCAGUAUGGAUGUGAUGGCAUACCGCGGGUCCAAGCCUCCGAAGUUCGUAGACCAGGAUAAGGAUGCUUUUGCUAAGCUGUGCACUGUGACAGCCUCUCUUGCCGGUAUCCCCCAGGAGUUCAAGCAAGGAAAGCUCGGUCUUUACUCAGUGUCACAACUGUAUAUGGUUCUAUCUUUCGGGCUGACCGAGUUCAAAGCGGAGAUCGCCUGGGAGGACGAGCGCGGCGUUGAAAAGCGGUCUCCUGCAUCUAUCAUCUACGAGAGCGACUUCGCUGUCACUGUGGCCUCAUAA